AUGGUUUCCCCUCAGUGCUUUCUCCCCCACAGGACCUUUGGCCUUGCAACUGGAGAGACUCAGGCUGUGUCCCUUCAAGGUCAGAUCAUUCCCACAGCCAUGAACACAAGCAGCUCCUCUGCAGAAAAACCCAAGGAGGGUAAAGUCAAAUCAGAAGAGAAAUGCAAGGCCUUCAUGGAUAUUUGCAAAUACUUCUCCAAGGAACAGUGGGCAAAGCUGGGAAACUCAGAGAAAAUCACCUAUGUGUACAUGAAGAGAAACUAUGACACCAUGACUCGGCUAGGUCUCAGGGCCCACCUCCCAGAUUUUAUGCAUCCUAACAAACAGACCACAAAAUCUCCUGAGCACGAUUCUGAUGAAGAUCAGAACCCCGAGAAUCAAGGAUUGGGGAAAGAGAAGACUAAUGUAUGGCUCCACAGGCUGAGGAAAAGAAGGAACCAUGUUGCGUACGAAGAGACCAGUGACCCCGAGGAAGAUGACUGUGUAACUGACCUUUCAUUCCAGUCCCCACCUGUGCAAAACUCUUCUGAUGAGACUGACCUCCUGCCUGCUCCCAAACACCCCUGUGUCCCCCAGGCCACCCAGGACUCACAGGAAGAAGAGGACCCCUAUGUGGGCCAUGGCAUAGGCCGGCCCCAGGAUGCCACUGUCCAUGAUAGCAUUGCUGAGGUUGAACACUGUCUUCUGUGGGUCUUCUAG